GUACAAAGGUGAAAUCGGCCAGAACACAGACGUGUUCUCGCACACAGAAGGUGGUCACUAGCCCUGGGAAACACCAUCCCUUGAGUGCACUUGCCCCAGACAAUCGGUAUCUUUUCAGUCUAAGUCGAGAGGUGCCUGCUCCUGUCUGUGGUCCACUUGAAGGUCACCUAAUUCCUAUGGCUAUUCCACUAGGUCAACCCCAAAUUCGUGACGUCUCCCCGCAGCCUGCUAGGGUGGUUAUGGGUAAACCGCAUCCUGUUACAAUUACAACCUCUCUUCCUCAAGUGCCACCAAAACCACCGGUUGAGAUAAAAAAACCAAACAUAGCUGUAAUAGAGAUGAGAUCAGAGAAAAAGGAUCCACCUCAACUGUCUGUGCAGGUGUUACCAAAUGUAGAUAUUGACAGUAUUUCGAGUGACAGUGUGAGCGUAAACCACGUUCUUCCAGGCUCUGAACCUGCACUUCCUCCUGUUGAUACUGUAAUACAGACUCCAGAAGAUCUACAUAGUGAGGAGGAAGAUGCAAACUUUCCGGGAACUAAUUUCAUUGAUGUUACUGAUGUCAUGCAGGAUCAGGAAGAAGAGAGGGAUGAAAUUCCAGAAUUCUUUGAGCCUCUUCUGGAGCUUAAUGGAGAGUUUAGAGUUGCCUCUCCAAAAUACAACGGACCUUUGUUUCCUCCACUAGCUUCUGCUCCUCAGCAGUGUUCUGAUGUUUUGGAUGAACUGAUUCAAAGGAGAGAAACUAUAGAAAACAGGUUGAUAACGUGGGUGGAACAAGAAAUAAUGGCAAAAAUUAUCAGUGGGUUGUACCCAGUUCAGAAAGAAAGAAUGCCCAGUGUUAGCACCUCAGAGAGUGAAGACAGUGAGACUGUAACCUCUGACAUUGUUGAAGUUGUAGGUGGUGGAGGAUUUCAACUCUUUAUCGAUGCUGGUGUGCCUGUGGACUCAGAAAUGAUAAGUCAUUUUGUAAAUGAGGCUCUCAGUGAAACAGUUGCGACCAUGCUGGGUAACAGGGAGGCUCAGAAAGCAGUUCCUGAUAUAAACGUUCUUCCAAGAACAAUGGCUGUGAUGGAGUCUCUUGUGCCUACUCCAUUGCCAACACCCCAGGCCACACCACCACAAACACCACCUUCAGCAAAAGAAUUGCCUCCGGUCAAAACUCCAGACUCUUCUCUAUCUCUUACAGAAAUGAGUGGGGAUGUUCGCAAACAUGAAAAAAUUAAAGAAACAGGCGUUGAGACUGUGGCUGCCAUGAGUCGUGUUGGCACACCUGUGGUUACCCCAGUCAAUACACCACCUAGGACAAUCACACCGAGCCCUUCUGCCCCAGAGUGGGUCUCCGAAGCUGCAAAAAUGGGAAGUCUAAAGCCUUCAGACCCCUGGGAUGAUGCAGAACUUCCUCUGGAAGAAGAGAAACCCAGUCCUUCAACUGAAGAACUAUUCCCUCCCAGGGCUGUUGAGAUGUCAGUGGCUAAUGAUGAGGAACCAGAGGCCUUGAUUUUACCACCUCAGCAGCCAUCAGAAAGGCACUUGGAGUCGCUUCCUUGCGAUCCCCAGGUCCCAUCACCUGUCCCUACAGUUAGUUCUGGGCCGUCCACACAGGAAAGCAGCCUCACCCUCACAGAAACAGAAACUACAGACAGACCCAUCUCAGAGGGGGAGGUACUCUUCAGCUGUGGACAGAUGCUGGCUGCAAGAGGAGGAGGACUAUCUCUUCCAAACCUCUCUGAGAGCUUAACCAGUACUUUACAAGAUGCCAAUGAAAUGGAUUAUGAUCCUCCCAGUGAAGGGCAAGUGGUAAGAAGACCGGAUAAAGGCUAUCACAGGGAUCCUGUCUUGACUCUUUUGGCCAAAUUAAAUCAAGCACCUGUUGCUGCACAAGGAGGAAUGUACCAUUUGGGGGAUUCUGACGAUAGUGUUGGGGAGCUCAGUGAAGGUCAAAGACCGAGACUGACCAGAGCAGCAGAGAGAAUCCUGAUGGGCCCUUCGAUUUCUAUGGCCCACCUGACUGCUCGGACUUCGGAGAACGGACUAGACGGGCAGCUCACCCAAACUGGAGAAAUUCUUGAAGAUGCAGAUAUGAAUUGUGGUCUAAUGCUUAUGGCCGAACUGGAUUCGCAGCCACUUAGAAAUCCUGUUCUGCAAGCAGCCCAUCCAGGCUGCAGAGCAACAUCUCCCUCAGAGGAUUUGUCCCAGGAGGAAAGCCAAGGAGCUGCACAAGUUGAGACUGUGAGACCCCGUGUUAUUCAUGUGAGAAGGAAGUCUGAAGAGAUGCAACAAGAAGGAGAGGAUGCUGCCCCACAUUCACAUGUUUCUGCGACAAAGGUGCCAGUGAAGCUGCCUUCCAUGAACACAGAUAACCAUACAGAGAGUACGAGCAGUAUACGUGGUGAUUCGGAUUCUUCAGGGCCAGAUACAUUUUAA